AUGGAGUUGUCCAGUGAUUCAUCGCGCUCUCCAGAGCCAGGGCUGGAUGCCGCGGAGGCUCCUGCUCAGCUUAAAUACCCUGAUGUGUCUCCUGAAAUGAAGAGCAGCGAACAGUCUGAGAAUUCCCCAGCUGUGGAAUCAUCCAUCACCACUUCGAAAGAGCCAUUAUCUGCCCCAGAAAGAGAUCUCCCAAGUUUACCGGCCGAAGAAGACGCCGAAAUGUUCCGAACAUUGAAGGCCAAAUUCGAAGGCCCCGAAUCCGCUGAACCCCGUUUGCAUCGGGUCAUGGCCUCCCUUGAACUGGUAGACAAAGAAGGGCCCCAAAGCCAGAAAACUAUACAGAUGUUACGAAGUAUUAGGCCUGAUAUUUAUCAUCUAUGGAAAACCAAAUCGAUGUACAUGUCCCGCGCUACAGAGGUGCUGGCAAACGCCAGUAGAGACCAAAAAUGGCGGUGGGCAUUUGGCAAAAGUGAGAUGUUAGACUUUUAUCUCCGAGUAAUUAAUACACGGGAUGUAGAGCAUGAUAUACAUCUUCAUGCUUUAAGAUUGAUUGGAAACACAUGUGCCGAUACAGACGAAAAUAGACAAAAAGUUGUGGAGCGAAACUAUACACUACCAAUUAUUGGAUUUCUCAAUAACUCAACACUAUACCAUGUUGCAAUCCCUGUUAUUUAUAAUAUUUGUAUUGAUUUUGAGCCUGCACAGAAACAGUCGGCUACCAACGGAAUAACGUAUUCUCUUCUACAGCUGCUCGUUAGGGGAGUAAUACAGGGAGAGGCUCUGUUAAACUACGCGUAUGAAUUGAUUGAGAUAUCCAGUGACCAAAAAGUACAGUUGGAGACACCGACUGAGUGUUUACCAAUAAUUCUCAAUCUGGCGAUGAAGUCGGACAGCGCCAUGGCACAUUUUCUAUCUAUUACUGCCGCUUUUGCAAAUUAUUCACAGCAACCUGAUGUUCAAGACGUUUGUAUAUCGGAGGGACUAGUCGAGCAGGCUCUUUUGGUCUUCUCGCGUUGCUGCGGAAUCUCCGAUAAAGAUAUAUCUUCCGACGACCAGCAGGCCCUAUCUCUAAUUCGCCUAAAACUUACCCAUACUCUUUCCGAUCUUUCAGGUCUGCCUCUAUAUACUCAUACCUGUCAUCUCACCUCUAUAGUUACAGGUAUGUUGAUACAGUGGCUGAAAUCAUCCAGUGAGCCGCUGAAGAUAUGCGCUGCUAUUAUGCUGGGAAAUCUUGCUCGAUGCGAUGAAAUAUGUGAAUCCAUGGUUCAAAAUGUGCAGCUACAUUUACACUUAAUUCCCAUGCUAGACAGUAGCUCCAGUACAGCUGUGAUCCAUGCGGCUUUGGGGUUCUUAAAAAAUCUUGCUAUUCCGGCUGGCAAUAAAGAACCUCUUGGAAAGGCCGGACUCAUUACGAGCUUAUCGAGGCUCUGGGCCUCGGAGACUGUCCCACAAGUCCAGUUCACGGCAGCUAGCCUAACAAGGCUGGUCGUUCUAGGGUCUCUUCCCAACACGUCUCGAUUACUCACACCUCUCCCGUGCGACGCAAAUGUGCAGGAAGGCCCACGAACAUACUUAUCUUUACUACUUAAACUUUUUACUAAGACAGACAACACACCUACUAGAAUUGAAAUUGGUCGAGCGGUUGCGGCCAUCACCCGUACUUUACUCCCAGGCUUGGAGUUAGAGCCAGCGCUGACCACUGAAUAUCUUGUGAAAUGUCUUUUCAACGUGCACAAAGAUGUGGCGCACCCAAUAGCCGCUAUGAUAGUCCAGUCUGACUGGCCAGUGCUUCGCAGUGAAGGGUGGGCAACUCUUGCGUUGAUGGCCGCUAAUCCUGAAAGAUGCGUGGCAGUUGCCGACUGCUUGCAAAACAAGUCCCUCAGAGAUAUAUUGCAUGAUACAAUUCGCAAUGUGUCUGCACCUGUUGAAGGAGAAAUUAGUCAGGAAAAGAACAACCAGCUUUUGCACUCAAAAGAUAGAGAACAUGUGAUUAUCAUGUUGAAUUGCCUCUCAAAAUAUAAUGUAAGUUCAUGCCCUACCAGAUUGAGCCGCUCCAUAUAUGGGUUCUAA